UUCUCUUUCAGACUUGAAGUUGUGAUGGUUCCAGCUAAGUUUGAAUUUAUUGAGUAUGAGGAUGUGCCAUUGCUUGAAACUGUUUCAUGGAAAGAUACUGCCUUGCUAGUGUUAGUAAUAACGUUGUUCUGGAUUUCUUUUCAACAGUUCAUGACAGUUCGGAGAGCAAAUAGAGAAUUCGGGAGCAUUAUCUUCCAGUGUACGUAUGGUUAUGACGAAGUUGCGAGUAUCUCAAAUUUUUACACAGAAACGGAGCAAAAGUUCCUCGAGUUGGAAAAAAGAUCCAACGUGUUGAAUUCUAGAUUUGAAAAGAUAAAAGAAAAAGUACCGUUACAAGAUGACCGUGAUCAAAUACAAGAGGAUGUGGAAUAUCUUAAGAAAAGCUGGUUUAACCAAUAUUCAGCUUUUAGCCUUCUUGAUGUGGAUCUGCUGGGAACCGGAUACGAUGGAGAUUUGAAGCACGAGUUGAACGCUAUCAGAGGUGAUUUUGAUGUAGAAGUGGGUGCAAUAGAAAUGUCAAUGCAUGGAGAUUCGCUGUUACUGAAAGAUAUCACCAGGGAUGUUCAAAUGUUGGAAAGUUAUUUUGGGCAAUGAAAAGGAAGUAAAGAAAAGAUGGAAACAUUAUACUGUACAUUUUGAUUCUUUUUUUGGCAAUUUAAAAUAAAUAAGUUGUUACUG